UCCUGUCCCAUGAAUCGGUGGAACAACCAAAAUCCAUAAUAACAUUCUUUCACUUCCUUCUUUCUUUUUCUCUUUUCCAUUUUGAUCCCUCACAAUUUCUGGGUCUGCAAUCAAGGACGUCUAAACCUUUCACAUUCAUCACAACCGGGUCUGUUUAUAUUGUCUCAAAGGUUAUCAUAAGGCUAUAUAAUAAUAAAAGAAACAUGCAAAAGGAUAACAGUGCACCAUCUACACCUACUAGUGCUCGAGCUCGGCACCGAAGACGGUCCAAUGAGUUUCCGGCUGAUGAGAGCAAAACAAACGGACAUCUUUUACUAGUAAAUGAUCACAACAAAUACCGGUUAAUGUGGAUUCGAGCUUGUUCAUCUCUGUGGAUGCUGGGGUUCUUCCUCCUGGUUAUCUAUUUGGGUCAUCUUUAUGUAUUGGCCAUGGUUGUUAUUAUCCAAAUAUUCAUGGCAAGGGAGCUCUUCAAUCUACUCAGAAAAGCUCAUGAAGACAAACACCUGCCGGGGUUCAGGCUCUUGAAUUGGCACUUUUACUUUACGGCUAUGCUCUUUGUAUAUGGUCGCAUUCUUAGUCACCGGCUCGUGAAUACAGUAACUUCAGAUAAAAUUUUCUACAGGCUUGUGAGUAGGCUCAUCAAGUAUCAGAUGGUUAUUUGUUAUUUCUCAUACAUAGCAGGUUUCAUGUGGUUCAUUCUUACACUAAAGAAGAAGAUGUACAAGUAUCAAUUUGGGCAAUUUGCAUGGACACACAUGAUUCUCAUUGUUGUUUUCACUCAGUCUGCAUUUACUGUGGCCAACAUUUUUGAAGGCAUCUUCUGGUUCCUUCUCCCAGCAUCACUAAUUGCUGUCAAUGAUGUUGCAGCAUAUUUCUUCGGUUUCUUUUUUGGGAAAACUCCUUUGAUCAAGAUAUCUCCUAAGAAAACGUGGGAGGGUUUCAUUGGUGCAUCGGUUGCAACUACAAUCUCAGCAUUUGUGCUCGCAAAUAUCUAUGGUAGCUUUCAGUGGCUGACAUGUCCUAGGAAGGAUUUAUCAACCGGUUGGCUUCACUGUGAUCCUGGUCCACUUUUUAAGCCAGAGUAUUAUCCGUUGUUACCAUGGUUGCCAUCGACAGAGAUAGCAAUUCUGCCAGUUCAGUGGCAUGCUUUAUGGCUGGGCCUAUUUGCAUCAAUUAUUGCACCAUUUGGAGGCUUUUUCGCAAGUGGUUUCAAGAGAGCUUUUAAGAUUAAGGAUUUUGGAGAUAGUAUACCUGGACAUGGUGGACUUACCGACCGAAUGGACUGCCAGAUGGUAAUGGCUGUUUUUGCAUACAUCUAUCAUCAAUCAUUUGUUGUUCCCCAAGAUUAUACAGUUGAGACGAUUAUGAGCGAGAUAUUAAGCAGCCUUACUUUGGAAGAGCAGCAAAUACUGUAUAUGAAGUUAGGACAGAUAUUGCAGGAGAGAAUGUUCGGACGGAACUGAAGUUUAUUCAAAUGCAUUUUGAAGGUGAUUGCAAUCAAAAUUUCUUGUGGAUGACGGGGAAUAGUGUUAACACUUUUUGCUUCUCCAGUUAUGGUUGGGAUUACAGUCUUCGGAUGUCUCCUGCAUGAUCCUUCCAUCUUCAACAAGGUAAACUUGUACAGUUGGUGAACUUAGUCUUAUGACACCAAAGAGUAGGAUUACAUAUUCAUGUUUAUGAUGAAAAAGAAUAUAAAAAUAUAGGACCUAAGCAAACUUAGUACUCGGGAAAACUCGAUGUUUCGAAAGAUGUUUGUUCUAAUACAAGGUUGAUCACAAA